AUGAGCAGGAGGACCGCGCCUCUCGUGGGCCUGAAUUCGUGCGAGCGAAUCAGGCCCGAGAGGCCCCGCAACGCCAUCCAGCGACUCGUUUGGGUGCCAGGGUCACAGUACCGGGGCGGUUUCGUUGCCGUUUGCGACGACGACGGAUCCAACCCUCGAAUGGCCAUCAGAAGAUUGGUCCGGCUGUACGAAGGCCGACAGUACCGCGAGGCGGCGAGUUUCCUGAUGCGGCUGCCGCAUUACACGCUUCGAGCCGCUCUGCCGGACAUACCGAUCGACCUGUUGAUCGACACCCUGCCCCACAGCUUGGCGCUGCUCGAGGCCCUGUACGCGCGGCUCAUCGAGCUCGGGGUGCGCGAUACCAAGGUCCUCAGGCUCGAGCUCCUCCUGUGGAAGGUCGUCGGUAUACUCGCCAAUCCACAACCGGACCAUCACUUCCAGCUGAGGGCGUGGGCGCGGCUGUUGUCGGCUCUCAACAGAGCAGCCCCGAGCGCUCGAGCAGCCCUGGCCUCGCGACGCCGGACCCUGGAGCGCACGGUCGAGGGCCUGGGGAAGCACGGGCUUGUCGCCACGUCGAAAUCACGGGGCAGCUUAACGGCCAGGGACUCGGUGGGCAGCGCCGAUGGUGACUUUGGGACCAACCUCGUACCCCUCAGACAGGCCCUCAAGGAGGAGCUCGAGGUGCGCGCCGACGCUUACAAGCUCGCCCUGCACAAGAUCGAGGGCCUCGGCAAGCACGCGGGACUCCACAAAGGUGACCAUCAAGGCUUGCAAGCGGCAUCGCACCAGCGCCUACUGGCACUGAGCUACAGCGAAGUACAGCAGCGGCUCAUCGACAACCAGAGUCUCCUGAACACUCUGGAGAAGACGCGGCACGGCCAACUGGAUUGUUUGCUCGACGAGCUGAAAUCGCGCGUCCAACGGGAUAAGGAGGCCUUGAGGCAGUGGAGCGCGCUGAGGCGCAACGAGGCGGUGGUGGCACUGGCCGGUAAACGAGGAGAGGCCAAUGGCUCGAAAAACACCGUCAGCCUAGCCGCUGGACUGCUGCAGUUCUCCAGGGGCUGCGCCCUCGCGAUGCAACUUAUGAGCGGAGAUAACGACCAGAGCUUCAGUUCGGGCGACCACUACUACGACGAGUACGGCGAGGAGGACGAGGAGGAGGAGGAGUCGUCGAGCAGCGCGGGCUACCACACGGACGAGAGCUGCAGCCCAACCCCGGAGCCGGCAGGCCACGAGGCUCACCUUUUCCAAGGCCUCCACUGUCCGGACGUCGCUGUCGAGAGGUUGCGCGAGAGAUACGCCGGGCUGUACUCGCAGGCCUACUCCCACACCCUCGAGGCGCUGAACCGCCUGGAGCCGUUGCGCGAUACGCCCGAGCUCAAGACCAGGAUCCUUUACUCCGUUGUUGUGUUGUCUUGGCGCCUCGCCGGGAUACUCCAAGCCUCGCGACGCAUCGAGGCGUUGAGGAUCCUAAACGGUGGAAGUUCGCAGUCCCAGCCGUCGGUACCGGCUGAUCUUGAGGAUUGCAUUCGACGGCAACUGGCUACCGCUGGAGCCCAGUCUGGUGCACGCGAAGUUGCCCAACAGGUUACCAGCCAGUUUGAACGUACUCUCAGUGGUUUUCCCUGCUUAAGGAGCAGCACAGAGCUAAAAAAGUACGUUUUCUCGUGCUCACGACUGGCCUGGGCGUGUUUAGCGCGCUCGACGUCUUUGGUUCUAGACGUGGCCCAGGGCACCGAGUUCAGGCACGAAGUACACGCCCGGCACCAAUCGUCACCAAACUCAAAUGGCACCCGCAUCACAGCCGUACUCUGGCCUGGGCUGCGCGAGGGCUGCCAGGGACCGUACCUGCACCGUGCCGUCGUCAUAACCUGUUGA